AUGGCUUCGACGCCGGAGACUCUUAUUCACACGCCCGAGGAUGCUGUGAAGAAUGAGCAACUAGUCACCCAGAGAACAUCCAGUCCUUAUCCAACCCACCCAAUCCCCCAGCUCCAGGGCCCGUUUGAGGAAUCAAUUGUGGAAACGACCGAUGGUUCAGGAAGUAAAUGGGUCGUUGAAAUUGACGCGCAGACGCGGCGGCGCGAUCUAUUAGAGAAUGAUGAAUACGAGCGACUUUGUGGGCGAAAAUGGCGCCAAAGGGCCUCCGAAAAAUAUCAUCCGUUUUGGAAGUUGAUUUCUCAAAUGGUUUUCGGAGUCCACCUUCUCGCCAAGAGCCUGGCGAAAUCUGAAGGCUCAGUCAUGAAGAUUCUACAGAAACAUGUGACCGAAUUGGAUGGCUUUUUGGAAAGAACCACCGAUGACUUUUUGCUCAUCCGACUAGACGUUCACACUCGAAUUCAGUAUCUCAGUUUGCCGCUGGGAAACCUCGAUAUCUUCGAUGAGAUGCUGGAAGACCGAAAUUUCCGGUUAUCGGUCGUCGCCUAUAAUGAUCAGAUUGAACAUUCCAUUGACAGAUUCACCCUUGCCAUCACAGACUCACUUAAGGACCUACAAAAGGCAAAAGAAGCUAUGGGCGCACUGUGGUUCUACUUCCGGAAACUUACAGACGACGGUUGCUUCGAGUCCGAGAGCCUUGAGGCUUUUCAUCAGGCCAUGAUGGACAACAUGGAGGGUUGGAUCGUGGCUAUCUCAAGACUUCGUCGACGUGGCACUGCUCUUCAAAAGGCCCUGAAACAACUUGGCUUGGCGACUACAGAAAUGCAACGACGGGUGGGAAUAGCGAGUAGAAAGGAUCGAUCGUUUAUUAAACAAGUCAGCAAGACUGCCAAUCGAAAUAAGUCAAUUAAACAAAGACUCUUUGAUAAGAAAAGGCCUACAUCAGAAAAACCUCUUCCUCACGAUCCACUACCGAAGCCAAAGGGGACACCGACGGCUUCCAAGCAGUUUGACAGGCCUGCCACAGCUAAAGAUCAACUUGACACCCCUGCAGAGCAACCCAUACCGAGCGAUGGCAUUCGGCGCAGGAUUAUGACUCGCGCCAAAUCAUGCAAUGCUCUUGGCGCAGAAGCCGGCGCAGGCGCCAGCAACGAACCACCACCUCCCCUUCCAUCGUCACCCGGAAAGCUCAAACACAGGCUCUCCAGGCCUUUCCUACCCAAACGACCUGUCAGCGAGAAAAUCGACUUGGCUCAAGUUCGACCCCAAACAGCACCUUCACAACCCUCACGACCCUCACGCAGCAUCUCCAUAGAACAACUCCGGGCAUUCUGCACCACGCCACGCCCUCAAACCAGACAAUCCACAGUCAAAUCGCCCACAGAAGCGCGACAGGAAGCUCACAACAAACUCACGAAUGGCCGAGAGACUAUGAAAGAACAGAUAUCCCAGUUCCUCAAGACAGAUCGCGUGGCCGAAGCCUGGGAUAGCGUAUCUAAGAGUGCGUGCUGUGCACGCCCGGUCGCCAAGACAAAAGACUGGCCCAGCAGCAUCUUCCGAACCAAAUCCUCUACUACCAUACAAAAUAAAGGCAACGACACAAGCCUCUCCAGGCCGGACCUGGACAAGCAGAUGUCCUGGGUACAAGAGACAUUCGACGUAUUACCUACAUACUCGUUCAAACUGAAACCUGACAUGUCGCCCCGUAUCCAUGUUCUAUCUGUGCAGAUGACCCUCGAUGAGGACUUUAGUGGGGUGGCUGAGCGAGAGGCGAGUUUGGAUCUGAAAAGCGAAGUCGGGUCGAGUAUCACCGCGUUGCCGGCUGUGCCGCCAACCAUUCCACCGGUUAGUUGA